UCUCUAAAGCGCGGCUGCAAGACUUAAGAAUUUAUUAAAUUCAAGAUUUUAAUCAAUUUUAUAGCGUUUAAAGGCUAAUUAAACAAUUAAAAUUGAAAAAUGUGGAACACCUCGAAAGUGUAUGAGAAGAAUACCACCAAAAACGAGGAAAGCGGUGAGGAGGAGGCUGCUUACAUCAAAGAGGAAGAUAAUUUAAAGCCGGAGAGGACUAGUUCUCUACUCAUAAAUCGCAUCCAUAUGUCACUAAGGCAAAAUCAGCUUCCCUAUUCAAAGCCCAUCCCCCAGAACCGCGAGGAACUCCUCCAGAGCAUUGGACGAGAUCGUGAGGUUCUGGGAGCCUACUUCCAGAAAUUGAGCAGCCAGCAAUCGCCGGCUCCAUCACCACCGGCUCCUAAUCCUCCAAUUCCUCAGAGAAACAGCUACGACCUGUUCUUCGAAAGCGCCUGUGUCAGUGUCAAGGGCUUGCCACCCAAACUGGCCGCAGAGGCCAAGAGUCGCAUCUCCCAGAUCAUCACCGAGUUCGAGAUCCGCGCCAUCUCAGAAAUUGAAGCCCAGCAGGAGCGUCAGAUGCAGAACCAAACCAGAAGAGAUGGUGCAUCAGAGAUUGUCUACGAAUUUCGUCCCUGUCUGUAAAGUAGGUUGGGUGUUUGCCGUUCAAGCUCCUCAACUCAUCCACUACACUCACUUUACAUUUUGGACGACCUCUAACUCCGGACUAUCAAAAUUCAGAAUAAAAUUUAAAGCGUUCUACAUCCAGUAAA